AUGCCAGAAGUCAUGGAAAUUGACCCAAACCACUCCAUAUCAAUAUUGGAAGCAAAAUCAACAGAUUUGAUUUGCAGUGUGGAGGGAACUCAGUUAAAAAAUAAAGCACCAAAAAGAAUUGUAACUAGGAGAGGAGCUAAUAAAUUGACCACAAACUGUAGUUGCUUUAUAAGAAAAAUGAGAAAACUUGCCAUUGAACACAAGGUUCAGAAGUCAUUUUUGCAAAGAUUGGAUGCUGCUAAGACUCUAAGCUGCAGCCAAUUGUUUAAUAAAAAAUUUGAUAAAAUGUCGCAACAAGCCCAAGAUUUUCUACUCAUGCAGUUAAAAAUGGCAAAUAGAAAGAGAAAGGCAAUGAGAUACACUACCAGGGAAAAGCAUUUAGCAUUGACCCUUAUGAAGGAAAGCCCGAAGGGAUAUAGGUUGUUACAAAAAAUAUUCAAUUUGCCCAGUAAAAGAACACUAAACCGUCUUGCUGAGAAUAUAAUAUUCAAUGUAGGGCUCAAUGAUAAUAUUUUUAGAGUACUAAAGCACAGAACACAAAAAUGGGACACAAAGAAGAAACUGUGCUCUAUUUUGUUUGAUGAAGUUGCUCUUACACCUCAUCUCACUUAUGUUGAGUCCCAAGAUGAGAUAAGAGGCUUUAAAGAUUUUGGGUUUGAAAAAGAAUUGAGGUUUUGUGAUCAUGCAUUGGUAUUCAUGCUAAAAGGAGUGUGCUCAAACUGGAGGCAACCUAUUUGCUACUAUUUUUGUGAGGGAACAACUGCAGCUGCUACAGUAGUAAAAAUUUUAAAGGAAGUGGUCACUAAAGUAUUAGAGUCCGACUUGAUACCUUUGGCUAUUGUAUGUGACCAGGGCUCUACAUUUAGAACAGCCAUAAAUAUAAUAAAAAUGGAGACUGAACGCAAAAGAAUUUUAAAUGAGGAAUAUAGUGAUGGAACUAUUGAGAUAUCAGGACAACAGUUAAGUGUGGUAUUUGAUCCCCCACACUUACUUAAGGGCCUUAGAAACAACUUCCUUACUAAAGACAUGCUUUUCAAAGGCAAAGUUGCAACUUGGAAGGACAUAGAAAAUGUAUUUGACUCUGAUUGCCAACUAGGUCAUACUAGAAUGCAUAAAAAGCUAACAGAGCACCAUGUUUACGCUGCAAAAAUGAAGAAAAUGAAAGUUAGUGUAGCUGCCCAAACUCUAAGUGCAACCACCAGUGGAAUGCUUAAAUACACUGCAUUGUUCAAAACUACAACGUCGGGUGAAAAUGUCAGUGAGACAAUGGCCACAACAGGUGAAGCUGUAGAAUUUAUUGGUAAGCUCUUUGAUAGUGUGAACGGAUCUCGAGGGAGCACUAUCCGGGGCAAACUGCGUGGUCCAAUAAAGCCGAACGCCCAUCAAAUCUAUAAUUUUUGGACUGAAUCAAAACAAAUAUUAAAAAAUAUUCAAUUCAUUGAUAAAAGUAGCAAGAAAGCCUGCAAAAAUAACAAAACCUAUAAGGUUCGAGUUCCUUCUCUUAAUGGAUGGGUUACAACAAUAGAAAGUUUUGAAAGAUUGUCUAAACUGUUGUUCGAAAAAUAUGAGAUACAAUAUUUUUAUCCUAGAAAUGUAAAUCAGGAUCCUCUUGAGAAUUUUUUUGGUAGGAUCAGAGCCAUCAACUACAGGAACGUCAAUCCUGAUGCAAAUACUUUUGCAAAUGCAUUUAAAUCACUGCUAAUGUCCAAUGUUAUGGGUCCACAUUCAAUAUAUGCAAACUGUGAAGAUGAUAAAGGGGACACAGUAGUAGACUUUUUGAAACUCAUAUCCUCAUCCGAUGUUAAUAAGAGUUCCUCAUCAACAUUUGAUGAAGAUAAAGAAAAUAUAUGUAGUGGACCCAUAACAAUGACUCAAAACAUUAGCAGUUGCAACCAGUCGCUAAAUGCAGUGAAUGAAAGAUUGCGUGUCCACUCUUCUGCAUAUACAGCAGGGUAUAUGUGCAGAAGAGUGACAAAAAAAUUUAACUGUAGGAGAUGCUCUGAGACUUAUACCCAAACAAAAAGAGAUGUAUUUCAUACAUGGAUUAAACAACGAGAAUACACUCUUUUAAAACAUAAGAAUUUAACUUAUCCAUCAAAGAAGUUUUUAAUGUUAUAUAGGGAUAUCUCGGGCCUUAUACAUGAUUACCUAAAUAAGUAUGCUUUCAAAAAAUGUGUAAAAAGACUUUUAAAAAUGGAAAUAAUUAAGAAAUUUGAUGUAAAUUGGUUGGGGUGUACACAUCAUAAAACUCAAGUAAAGGAGUGGUUCCUUAAUUUAAUGAUACGCACCCAUGUCCAUAAUUGGUGCAAUAUAAUAAAUAAAAUUUUAAAAGGGGGUGUACAGGAAAAACUUGUGAGACAGAUGUGUGCACCUCAACAAAUUGCCUUUGACAAAUUUAAAGCCCAUAGGUUAAGAGGAAAAAAUUAUAAAAAGUAA